AUGGAUGACGUUCCCAAGUUUUCAAUGGAUUCUCGAUUCAAGCGCCAAGAAACUUGCCAGUUAAAUGCAUGGAACCCUGCACAUGGGACUCCGCAAUUAGAACGUCUCGGUGAGCGCAUGGGAGGUAUGGUUGAUUUGGCGAGGUUGAGCAUUGCGCCCUGUCCGAGCGGCUGUUCUGCUGUUCUGGAAUGGCGGGCAGUGCGUACUGACGCAAUAGCGCUGCGUGCGGAACAACCCGCUAAGCCCAAGGGACUCAACAGCCUUGGGGACUCGGGGUCGGAGCAUGUGACAGGGCUCACUCCAACCUCCGCCGAACCUUCACCACUCUCUGGAACAUCCACUGCGCAUGUCCUGCACAAACCACUGGCACUGGGCGACCGCCAACCAUUCGAACUACGCCAGCUGAGCAAAUCCAUGAUCCAUCUCGACGAACACUAUCACUCUGUCCUCCAGGUUUGGAUGCUCGAGAAGGCUCGGACUGAAGACUCAUGCCAGGCUGCUCCUGUUGAAACCCACUGCGCCCAAGACAUUUGCUCUCUCCUUCCCAUCCGCUAG